AGGCUGACAUGUCUCAGAUAAAGGCUUUGUGUCUCAGAGCUCCAGCAGCAAGCCAGGCCCAGAAAGAGAACAGCCCUACCCCGGGUGCCCAGCUCUGCAGGGCAGGUGGCUGGAGCCCUGCGCUCUGACUGGCACUGAAUGCUCAUUGUGCAGAAUGGGGGCCCAGCUGUGUCAAGAACAGCCCCUUUUCUUGGUAGCUGGACUCCUGCUCAGUCUCCUUACUCCUGCUUUGAGCCCUGCUCCGGUGACAUCUGAAGAUGUGGCUCUCCUGGGAGAGGUUUCUGAGACCAUUCGCUGCUUCUCCCGAUCUUUUGAAGACCUCACUUGUUUCUGGGAUGAGGAGGAGGCAGAGCAUGGGAACCACACGUACCGCUUCUACUACUCCUACAAUGGGGAGAAGGCCAAGCAGUGCGUGCUGGCUGUGCAGAGACAGAGUGGUGGCGGCAGACGUUACGUCUGCGUCUUCCCCAGCAGCCAUGAGGUGCGGCUCUUCACACAGCUCUGCAUCUGCGUGCUAGACACACCCGGCAACCAGACCAAGUAUUCCCGGGAAGUCGCCGUGGAGACGGUUGGGCUCAUUGCUCCCCCUGUGAAUAUAACGGUCACCUGGACUGGGGCAGCUGGGGAGCUGCAGGUGAGCUGGGAACCCCCAGCUACUGAAUACACCGAGCUCUUCAUCUAUGAGAUCCUCUACUGCAUUGUGGGCUCCAUGGAAUCACCCUGCCGGAAGCAGGUGCAUAGCACCAGGGCAUGUGUCCUCCACCCCCUGCAGCCCGGGGCCAAGUACCACAUCCGGAUCCGCACCAAGCCAGAUGGAUUGUCCUUGGAUGGAUUCUGGGGCCCCUGGUCUCAGGCAGUGACUGCUGAAACACCCCACUCCUCAGGAGACAUCGGGCUGCGCUGUUUCACCUCUGACCUGCAAUGGGUGCAAUGUGAGUGGACCUGGGAUUCUGCAGAUUCCAACGGCUCCCACAGCCUCUUCUAUCGGUCCCAAGGGAGCAGUGAUGCCUCCAGAGGCCAGGCUUGGCAGCGCUGUCAAGAACACAAUGUAAGGCCCCAGAACACCCAUGCCUGCAUGUUCCAGCCCAGGAAUGACAGUGACAUCUUCAUCUUGGUGAAUAUCUCUCGGGGGCACCCUGAACCUGUCCUCAGCUACUUUGGGGAGCCGUUCCGGAUGCACCAGGCUGUGCUCACCAGCCCCCCAAGGAUCUUGCAGGCCAACAUCAGUGGUGGGCAGCUGAAGCUGCAGUGGGCCCCACCAGAGGAGGAAUUGGCAGAGUACAUGGUGUAUCAGAUCCGCUACUCGGUGGAGAACAGCCUGGACUGGAAGGUCCUGCAGAUCCAGCACGCGGCCAACAGUGAGACCCUGGACCUGCGUGCUGGCCCCUGCUACCUCCUCCAGGUGCGAGCCAAGCCCAAUGGGCAGCAGCUCCAGGGGUUCUGGAGUGCCUGGUCAGAGACCAUCGUGGUGGAGGCCCCAUCUGGAGCAGGCGGCAAGGACACUGGGGAGCCUGAUGCAUUCACUGCUUCCUUCUCUGUCCCCGGCUGGAUAAUACUGAGCCUGACCAUCACACUGCUCUUCUUUCUGGGACUCCUGGGGCUGAGGUGCUCUUUUCCCUCUGUGUACAGCAGCGUGAAGCAAAAGCUCUGGCCUCCGGCCCCAGAUCUGCAUCGCGUCCUGGGCACUUUCCUCACUGACAGCAAGCAGCAGCAGGCAAACACUUCAUUCUAUAACAAGCCCUUGGAAGAUGUGAUCCUACCCUGCCUCCUGGAAGUCCUUUCUGAGAGGAAGGGGGCUGAGACUCCCCCAGAGCCCACCCUGCUGAAGACAGCAUGCCCAGGGUCUGGCAUCCCGGAGGGCCCUGAGGAUGAAGACGCUAGCAAUCUCUCCUCGCCCCAUCAGGACUACAUGGUGCUGCAUCCCAGCAGCCCCACAGGCAGCCGCUACGAGAACGAGUACCUGGACAACAGAGGGGAAGGGGAUGACAUCUACCUUAGGGGUCUCGCUGUGCUCCUGCUCCAUGUCCCAGAUGCUCACUCAGAGCUCCGGCAGGACCGGGCUGAGAUCCAGCACAACCCACAGGUGCCUAGCAGACUCCAGGCUGAACACGUGCCUUUAGGGAGGCCUGUGGACUCUGAGGAAGAGGACUGGGAGUGCCCAUGCUCCAGGAAGCAGUCCAUGUCCACUACAGACAUUUCUAAUCAGUCCUACCUGCUGAUGAGAAGCUGGGAGCAGCAGCCCUUCCUCUGAAUACAGGAUCUGCUGCAUGUCCUGGGCUGCCCAGCGAGGAUGGGAGUGAGGCAGAGGGCUUGGCAUGUCAUUAGAACCUCACUGCUGGGAUGUCCAUGCCUGCCUGGAUUCUCAGCUGGGCAGGAGGAACCCCCAUGGGCUAAUACUGUAGAGCAGGGGUCGGCAACCUUUCAGAAGUGCUGUGCCGAGUCUUCAUUUGUUCAUUUUAAUUUAAG